AUGUCUUCCCCGGUGCCGCUUCUUCGGCCGCCAGUGCCUGGUGGUCGAAGUCAAAGCGGUAGCCGGACCCCCCGCCUCACUUUGGGCAUUCCUCCCUCGCCCAGUGCCAAACCCGUUCACGAUGGCGGACAACCCGUCGAAAUCCCUCGAUUCAGUCUCGCCAAUAAAGGUGCACCCAAAUUGUCUCUGGCCACCCCCAUGGGCAGCCAGGGUGCAAUUCACGAGGCUGGAUCUUUCCGACCCUCAAUACAACCCCUCAACAUUGCUGCAGUGCAUGGCAACGACAAUGCCAGCAGGCCGAGAGGAGACAGUUUCCAGGGCACCAGUGUCCCUGGUUCUGCUGCUUCCUCAACAUACUCUGCCCUUUCAUUCACAAUCAAUGGUGGUCGACAAGCCGGCACACCGGACCCUUCGUCAGCAAUCAGUUCCAUAUAUUCCGAAGUUGGCGGGGUGUCAAUGGAAAGAGAAGGAAGCAUGAGCGGAUUGCUAGUCGACUUUGAUAAACUGAGUCUCGAGAAAGGGAGACCACUCGAUGUGGACGAUCUGGACGAUGAAGGAUGGACAGCCGCAAGUGAACAAAAGAAAAUAAUAGAACUCGGCUCUCUGGGCGAGGGCGCCGGUGGUGCUGUCACGAGAUGUAUGAUACAAGGCGGCAAAACCGUGUUUGCAUUAAAGAUCAUCACCACAAGCCCUGAUCCCGACGUUAAGAAACAGAUUCUCCGAGAACUCAAAUUCAACAAAAACUGCACAUCCGAAUACAUUUGCCAGUACUAUGGUGCCUUCAUGGACAAAUCGUCCAGCACAAUCUCCAUAGCCAUGGAAUUUUGCGAAGGUGGAAGUCUCGACAGUGUCUACAAGGAAGUCAAAAAACUCGGUGGCCGAACAGGGGAAAAAGUCUUGGGCAAAAUUGCCGGAGAUGUGCUGCACGGUCUAACAUAUCUAAACAGCCGGAAGAUCAUCCACAGAGAUAUCAAGCCCUCUAAUAUUCUCCUCUGCCGAAAUGGACAGGUCAAGCUGUGUGACUUUGGCGUGAGCGGAGAAUUCGGCACCAAGGGCGAUGCCAACACCUUCAUCGGAACCUCAUACUAUAUGGCUCCGGAACGGAUACAGGGUCAAUCCUAUACAAUCACUUCCGAUGUCUGGUCUCUGGGUGUGACAUUACUCGAGGUCGCCCAGCACCGAUUUCCUUUUCCAGCAGAUGGCACUGAGAUGCAACCUCGUGCUGGUCUUAUUGACCUUCUGACCUAUAUUGUUGCACAACCAAUACCCAAACUGAAAGACGAACCCGAGAAUGGCAUCAAAUGGAGUGACAUGUUCAAAUAUUUCAUCGAGUGCUGUCUGGAGAAAGAACCACCCAGAAGGGCAAAUCCCUGGCGUAUGCUGGAGCAUCCAUGGAUGACGGAAAUGAAAAACAAGAAGGUGAGUAUGUCGACCUUCCUCAAGCAGGUCUGGGACUGGAAGGAUGAAGAAUGA